UUGCAGCAAACCCCUCGGAGUUUCCGCGGUCUCCCGUUAAACCCCUUUCUUCGCUUCUUCUCUCGCUGGUAUUUUUCGCACUAAACCCCUCGAAGUUUUCGCACUUCUCUCCCUCUCUGUCUCUCUGAUCGCCGCGAUCGCUCGUCCCCGCCCUUUCAACCCUAACCGCAAAGCCUUCUCGAUCAUGUUGUUCGCGUCACCUUCCUCCGGCGGCGGCGGCGUGGGCUCGCCCGCGGCCCACGUCCUCCGCGACGACAGGGACGACGCUCCAACCUCUCCUCCGACGGCGCCGACCCGUCCCCUCGAUCGCCCCUCGCCUACCGUGAAGAGUGCGGCCCCGCCCUCAGAUGCCGCCGCCGCAUCCGCUUCCCACCGGCCGGCGGAGAGCAGCGACCACGGUGGCGACGGCAAUGCGGCCGCCGGGGCUCGCGGGAAAAAGGCGGUUUGGAGCGUGGCGCCCAGCGGCGCGAACGAGACGGGCCUGGUAAUGGGGGCGGAUUCCUUGGCCGCGGUGUCUGAGUCCGCGCUCAGGCCGUCCGCCAAGACUUCCGAUUCGGACUCGUUGGAGUCUCUCCCGGAUGGAUCGUCGGCUACUGCCCCCUCGGAUGGUGGCGGCACUAGCAGCAGUCCAUCAGCCAAUGAUGUUCGUGGAGCAAAUGGACAAACUCCUAUUUUGCCAGGGAUGCCUCCAAUUGGUGGCAGAGGCCAGGAAUUCUCUCCGGUGGAGAUUGCCAACAGGCACAAUAGGAAUCCGGGUCAGCAAAGGAGAGUCGAGUUCAUGCCAAGGCCGCAACGUGGCGGCUAUCGCCGCGGAGGCAGCUAUAAUGACAGGCGAAGGGGAAUCAAUAGUGGCGGCCCCAGCCGCGAAGGCAAUGGAAGUCGGCGGGAUCAUGAGCGAGGAGGCUAUGAUCGGAACGGCCCUCGAGGUUUUAGUAGGAGAGAUCCACACAUGUGGAUGCCUUUGCCUCCGCAGCAGGCACAGAUUCAACCACCUCCGCCGCCUCCAAUGUGUUAUUAUAUUCCCAUGCCACCACAUAGGCCUCCUUUCAUGAGACCCAUGGUCUCCUACCCUGAAGUUCCUUAUUAUGUUUAUUAUCUCCCGGUGCCACCUCCGCAUCCUCAGACACCCAUAAACAUGCCUUUUGUUCCUCAUCAACCAGUGCCUGUUGAUUACCAAGCAACGAUUCCUUUUCCUUCUCCCGUUGAUCAUCACCAGUUGAUGAAGCAGAUAGAAUUCUACUUUAGUGAUGACAAUCUCAAUACUGACACUUUUCUGCGAAAUAAUAUGGAUUCUCAAGGUGGGGUUCCAAUCUCCUUGGUUGCUGGCUUCAAUAUGGUCAAGAUGUUGACAAAUAAUGAACCAAACAGCCUACCACAUAUAUUGACUGCUUUGCAAGUUUCAACGGAAGUGGAAGUACAGGGUGACAAGAUAAGGAGACGCGAUGGUUGGGUCCCUAACCGAAAUCAAUAUGAUCUCGCUUCUGGUCCCCGAUCUCCUGCAACACCAGAUGGUGAUUCAGUCAUUGCUCUCUUGCAUACUUUUGGACUAGAGGGUUCUUCUAGCCAACACAGUACGACUCCGACUGACAAUGUGUGUCUUGGUAAUAAAUCAGCUUCUGGAAGUUCCAACAACCAGAUGCAGGAUGGAGUCUGACUGAAGAUGGAAUCAGCCAAGCCAGACUCAGAAUGGAAUAGCUAGGUUCAGCUGCUACUGAUAUCUAGUUGUAUAGUUUGGUUUUCCUUGAUUGGUGAUAUCUCACUGGUAUACAUGGUCUUUGGGGUUGAUUCUGAAUCCCCCACCUUUUUUUUAAGUCACAUACCACCAUUUUUUGGUGAAGAAAUCGAUAUCAGCAUCGGUUCUAAUUUGGAGAAGUGGAAAUUUUCACUGUUUAUAUAAUUUUUAUUCUUCUGCUGCAACAGGAAUCGAUUCUUCAGAAACAGUUCCGAUAGUUUCGAAUAAAUAUAUUACUGACAUUACAGGGAGAGUUUUGUACUUUUUGUAUAUACUAUACAUUCAGUGUGCUUUUGUUGUGAUUCGUGGAGUCCGUUGCUUCGAUUUCUGUAAUCAGCAUCAACAACUAAUGAAAUCUUAUGUUUGUUGGUU